AUGUCACUCCACUCAUCCAACCCUCUUUCGUUUGAGUACUAUCUGGUUUCCGCCUUUUCGAAUCGACCAUUUGGCGGUAAUCCAGCAGUCGUAGCCUUCCUGGACCCCAACGAAACUUCCGAGAACAUCCUUGCAGAAGUUGCAGCCACUUUCAAACAGCCUAUGACCGCUUUCCUGUCGAACGAACCAUCAUCCGGCGCCGACGUGACUGUCAAAAGAUUUUCCGUGCGGUACUUUACAGCAGAAAGAGAAGCUUCGUUAUGUAUACAUGCAACUUUGGCAGCAGCUAAAACCAUCUUCCAAACAGCGCGACUGGGUGAAGAGGUGAAGUUGCUCGAGUUCGUGACGAAAACUCAUGGGGUGAUCACCGCCCGCAAAGUAUCGGACAAUCCAGAAAGUUGGAUAGAGGUUGAACUCAUUAGGGGUGAUAUCGCUGAGGUGGCGGAUCCAGAGAAGAAGAGGAUCACUGAUAUCGUGAACGAGGCUUUCGGGAAACCGCUCACGAUCCAUCAUGUAGCAAAAGGACUGGGGAUGUACGGACAUUGUCUCCUUAUCGAGGUGGAUGAGAAAGAUGACAUCAAAAAUUGCCAAGUCAGCACGAAAUUGGGAAAAGAAACGGGCUACUCUAUCAACGCCAUAACAGCUCAAUCGACUACUGGAAACGAGCAUUUUGCUUCGAGAGUUUUCGUGCCGUUGGACAGCCUUGGGGGUGAGGAUCAUGUAUGCGGCUCUGCCCACGCGCUGCUUGGACCUUAUUGGGCUACAAAACAAGCUAUUUCCGAUGGCGAAGAGAUCAGAGCAAUCCACGUCGGUCGCAGAGGCGGCGACUUGCGUAUUUUCUUGGUCCAUGGACAGCCAAAACUCAGGAUUAGGGGGGAAGCGACGACGAUUGCUAGCGGUAUUUUCUCGUUUUAA